CCCUGCACUCACCCCCCCCCCCCCUCCCUCCCUCUCUCUCUCUCCUCUUCCUCUCAUCAUCAUCAUCAUCUGCAGCAGCAGUCCAGUGCCUCCCGGACCUAUGAAGAAAGCGUCCCCCCUCAUCCUCCCCAUCAGUCUGAUCAUCGGCACCUCCCUGCCUACCACGAUGGGCUGCAAGCUCUACGCUACCUUGUUGUGUUGAUAUCGAGAUAUUUCAGUUAUCAAAUAUGAAUCAUGCGUUUGAUAUUUCUGGACACUUUGCUCGUCAGCAUCCUCACGCUUUUGCUUCCCGCAUCACCAGCGUCAUCCGCUUCUCACAGUGCGGAGGACAAGGUUGAGAGGGACGCAGUGCCGGUGAAGCAACAGGCGACUGCAGCGCCCGCUUCGGAAAACACAACCCACCAUGCGGUCCAGCAGGUGAUCGCCUACCCAUCCCGCCUCAUCUACUACCUAAACGAGGACUCUGAGAGUGCCUACCGUGACCUGGACACACGGGCCAGGAGCCAAGCCACAGUGGGUCAGGCCAUCCACCUUGCUCAGGUCAGCUUCCAGCUAGAAGCGUUCGGCACCCGAUUUGUUCUGGAUUUAACCCUGAACAAUGAUUUGCUGUCUUCAGAUUAUGUUGAGAUCCACUACAAGGGGGAUAAACCUGUCCUAUCAAAGGGCGGUGAGCACUGUUACUACCACGGGCAGGUGAGAGGCAACGGUGGCUCCCGUGUGGCCUUAUCUACCUGCAACGGGCUGCAUGGGAUGUUUGACGACGGAGCCUAUGUGUAUCUAAUUGAGCCACUACAACAGACUCAUUCAAUCGACACAGCUGGAAGGCCUCACCAGCUCAGAAGAACCGCCUCGCUCCAGUGGAAAAAUGAGUCACAGCAACUGGUGGAGGAGGAGAGGCUCCUUUGGGAGCUGGAGGACUUGUCCUGGCUGAAGCGCCGGAAAAAGCGAGCCAUAUCUGUAUUUGAGGAGAUGAAAUACUUGGAGGUCAUGAUUGUCAGUGACCACAACAUGUACAAACGACACAAAACCAAGCAGCACACCAGGAAUUUUGCCAAGUCAGUGGUGAAUCUUGUGGAUGCUGUCUUCAAAGAGCAGCUGCGAACGCGUGUGGUGCUGGUUGCUUUAGAGAUCUGGACAGACAAAGAUCAGAUUCCGGUCAGCGUGAGGCCGCUGGAAAUGCUGCGUGAUUUCUCCAAGUAUCGCCAGCAGAGCAUCAAGCACCACGCAGACGCUGUGCACCUCUUCUCAAAUGUGACCUUUCACUACCGCAGAAGCAGCGCAGCCUACUUCGCGGGCAUGUGUUCCGAGAGCCGGGGGGUUGGCGUCAAUGAGUAUGGCAGCACCUGGUCCAUGGCGGGCUCUUUAUCUCAGAGCCUGGCUCAGAAUUUGGCCAUCCAGUGGGACCCUGCAUCCAAGAGAAAGGAAUGCGGUUGCACUGACUCAUGGACUGGCUGCAUAAUGGAGGACACUGGUGUCCAACACCCGCGGAGAUUCUCCAAAUGCAGCGUCUCCGACUACAAGGACUUCCUCUUGAAAGGCGGAGGCUCGUGCCUGUUUAACAGGCCGACAAAGCUGCUCGAGGCCACCGAGUGUGGGAAUGGAUUUGUAGAAGUGGGAGAGGAAUGUGACUGCGGCGCGAGAGCUGAGUGCUAUAAGGGGUGUUGCAAAAAGUGUUCGCUGGCCAACGGGGCGCACUGCAGCGAAGGCCCCUGCUGCAAUACCACGUGCCUGUUCCUCCCACGAGGUUACAGUUGCCGCUAUGCUGUGAAUGACUGCGAUAUCUCAGAGACAUGCUCUGGGGACUCUGGACAGUGCCCUCCCAACCUUCAUAAACAAGACGGAUACUUUUGCCAGGUGAACCAGGGACGGUGCUACAGUGGAGAGUGUAAGACCAGAGAGAACCAGUGCAGAUACAUCUGGGGGCCAAAGGCUGGAGGUUCGGAGAAGUUCUGCUACGAGAAGUUAAACACCGAGGGUACUGACAAAGGCAACUGUGGAAAGGAUGGCGACAAAUGGAUCCAAUGCAGCAAACACGAUGUCUUCUGUGGUUAUCUUUUGUGUGCCAACAUUGGCCGCAACCCCCGCAUUGGAACAAUGAAAGGAGAUAUCACCCCCACCUCUUUUAACCAUCAAGGCAGGCUGAUAGACUGCAGUGGUGGGCACGUUCUUUUGGACGAUGAGACCGAUUUAGGCUACGUGAAUGACGGGAGUCCUUGUGGGCCGUCAAUGAUGUGCCUUGACCACAAGUGUCUGUCCAUCCAGUCACUCAACAUUAGCAGCUGCCCCACUGGACCUAAUGGACAAGUGUGCUCAGCACACGGGAUUUGCAGUGUAUACCCCGCCUCUCACCCAAAGUCAGCAGGGAAAGGCUCCAGCUCAGCUGCCACCCUAGUGAGGACACAGCGCAAUAAAAAUAAGAUGGAUGGAUUAUGGAAGUGUGCAACAAUGAAGCCACAUGCACCUGUGAUACUACGUGGGCGGGUACAGACUGUAGUAUGCCUGACCCGCCUAAAAUCCCCGAGACUACUCCAACUCAAGGGCCCAAGGAAAUGUGAAGAAGCGGCGGUACGACCCCAACGCCACAGCCAUUUAAUGCUGAAGGGGCAGACGCCAAUCACAGACGGACUCCUCCAAGGCUUCCUGAGUUGGCUACCUGACAGCUGGACUGCACUUAUUGCUGCUGACCUUCAGCAUUAGACUUACUUGAAUAAUAAUAAUAAUAUAUAUUAAAAAGAAAAGCGAUGUAGUGGACAUUUUAACAAAUUCCAUUGUAGUGACAUUAGACGCGCGCAACCUUUUAGCCUUUUCACAUCACUUAUCACACGCAAGCCUGAUGUCUAGAAUGACAAAGCUCCUCUACCGCCCUCCUUUUUUCAGUGCCAGUGCACAGGUGCUGAGUCGGAAUCCACACUGCUCUCACACCUGGCAUGAUUCUCCACACGUCCAGCGCUGCUUGCUGGCCCUCUGGCAUGAAGAGUUCCUCUCCGCGGGCUCUGCAUGGCUGCGUAAGCUGUGAAAAUUCAGCAAAAACACAUCCUUCCAAAGAGAGAGGAAAGCAAUUGGGGGGAGGGGAGAGCCUCAUUCGACGUAUGAUGAUAUGACAGUGGACUGCAUGUGAGACGCAGGCCAUAUGGUGAAUAGUGUCAAAAAUUGUAAAUAGUAGUAUUUUAGCUUUGAAAUUAUUUUCAGAUGACUUUUUUUUUUUUUUUUUUUUAACAUUAGCAUGUUUUAUAGCAGGCAGGCUAUUAAAACACUAAUAAUUAUGAUUUGGGGCAAAAAUGUAACUUCCGGAGCCUUCCCCUGUGGCUUCCAAGAGAAGCAUGCGAGCUCAAGUGCGACACGCGGUCCCGUCACAGUAUUGAAAGUUGAAGAAAAAGCCAAAGAAGCAAUCACCAUGAAACAUAUGGAUGUUGCACACGGAGCACUUUGCCCUCUGCCGUGUCCAGCCAGGGCUCACCCAUCGACACCCCACCACAUCCAGCUUAGCCUUUUACUCUCAUAGACUCAUAGUAGGAAUCAAGUCUACACGAAACGCUGCAUGCAAUCACUUCUGUAUAGUGGGCUUAUAAUAAUUCUAUAUGGGAGUCCCCCAGGAUCUGCAAGAACAUAUGCUACAAAAGGAUAAGGUGCAUGUCAACAACAAAACAUUUAACUUUUAUUUACUAUGCAAAGGAGAGAUAUUGCACAAAAGGGAAAGAUGUGGCAUUUGAAAAAUCUUUCGCUAAUCAUCAACUUCUAUACUUGGCCGCUCUUUCAUCUUGUUCCAUUUUGCUUCGAAGAGCAACAACAACAAAAUAAGAGCUGAUUCAUAUUUACGAUGACGAAUAAGCAAAUGAGAGCACUUCUUUGUGUGUGUGCGUAUGUUUGCGUGUGUGUAUAUAUAGCUCAUCUGUUUUUAAUUACUCGUUCACACUAAACGGUGCCUGUACAUACUGAGGCCUCGUGCAGGGUUCUUAUUGUUGUCCUCUCCAGAUGGUGGCAGGUGUGUUGCCUCCAUAUCUCUCGUCUGCUCGUCCACUGUCCUCUCUCACUGCAUCAUGUACACUUGGACUGGUCAAUAAACUACUGACUCCUUUUAACUCUUAUCUUUGUCUUUUUCUCAGCCAUGUUCCUUGAUCAGCUACCUAUGGUGCUAAGGUGAACCUAAACAGCAAAAUUUCAUCAAAGAUUUUGCUUUUCCAUCAAAGACGAAUUGGAGAAUAUCAAUAUAAGGUGCCUUUGAUACUUACCCAUUUCACUAAAUCUAUAAUAAGAAAGAGUACUGAAUCAAGUACG